AUGAGCCACGAGGCAGCCCGGGAAGCCACCGCCCGCGGCCCCCUGCCACGGUCCACCCCCACGCCCAGAACGGCCUGGGGCAAGGCCCGCCCCAAGGGGGGGCCGGCCGUGGGCAUCGACCUGGGCACGACCUACUCGUGCGUGGCUGUCUGUCGGCGGGGGAGGGUGGACGUCAUUGCCAAUGGUCACAGCAACCGGACCACUCCGAGCUGCGUGGCCUUCACGGACCGGGAGCGGCUGGUGGGGGAGCCGGCGGAGAUGCAGGCCGGCCGCAACCCGGAGAACACCGUCUCCUGCCUGAAGCGCCUCAUUGGCCGCAGCUACGAGGACCCCGUGGUCCAGGCCGAGCUGAAGCACUGCCCGUUCCGCGUGGUGGAGGGCAGCCACGGGCAGGCCAAAGUCCAGGUGUCGUACAGGGGGCUGGAGAGGGUUUUCCACCCCGAGGAAAUCUCUGCCGUGCUGCUCUUCCGGCUGAAGCAGCUGGCCGAGGCCCACCUGGGCCACCCGGUGACCCGGGCCGUCAUCGCCGUCCCCGCCUACUUCGGGGACGCCCAGCGCCAGGCCACCAUCGACGCGGGCGCCAUCGCGGGCCUCGGCGUCCUGGCCUUGAUCAACGAGCCCACCGCUGCGGCCGUCGCCUACGGCCUCGAUGGCGGCAGCCACUGGCAGGCGGAGAGGCGCAUCCUGGUCUUUGACCUGGGCGGGGGCACCUUUGACGUCUCCAUCCUCAUGGCCCGGGACGGCAUCUUCGAAGUGGUGGCCACCGCCGGGGACCCCCACCUGGGCGGAGCGGACUUUGACCGCAGGCUGGCCGACCACCUCGCCCAGGAAUUCAAGAGGAAGCACCAGGGGGAUCCGACCCAGAGCAGGAGGGCGAUGGAGAGGCUGAGGGCGGCCUGUGAAAAGGCCAAGCGAGCGCUCAGUUCGAGCGUCACGGCCACCGUCUCCGUCGACUCCCUCUACCAGGGCGUGGACUUCCACACCGUGGUCACCAGGGCUGUCUUCGAGGACCUGUGUGCGGACCUCUUCCAAGCCACCCUGCUGCACGUGGAGAAGGGCCUGGAGGACGCCGGCCUCGGGAAGACCCAGCUGCACGACAUCGUGCUGGUGGGGGGCUCCACGCGCAUCCCCAUGGUCCAGAAACUUCUGUCGCAGUUCUUUGACGGGCAGGAGCUGCGCAGGGCCAUCAACCCGGAGGAGGUGGUGGCUCAUGGGGCCGCCAUCCAAGCCGCCACCUUGACCGGCCACAGGUACCAGAACCUUCAGAACCUGCUCCUCUUGGAGGUGACCCCCGUCUCCUUGGGACUGGAGACCGUCGGGGGCGUGAUGGACGUCGUGGUCAAGCGCAACUCCCCCAUCCCGACAAGGGAGACCCGCAACUUCUCCACCACGGAGGACAACCAGAGCAGUCUCUUCCUGCAGGUCUAUGAAGGGGAGCGCACGCUGACCAAGCACAACCGGCUCCUCGGGACCAUCACCCUGAGCGGCCUGCGGCCUGCCCCUCGCUGCGUGCCCGUCAUCGUGGUCACCUUCCACAUCGAUCAGAACAACAUCCUCACGGUCUCCGCCAUGGAGAGGUCCUCCGGGAACCACAACCAGCUCACCAUCACGGACACGCGGGGCCGGCUGGACAGAGAGGAGAUGGAGCGCAUCCUGCGCGAGGAGGAAGAGCACCGGGCGCACGAGCAGGCGGAGGAGGAGAAGCGGGCAGCCCUGAAUUCGCUGGAGUCCAGCGCCCUUCAGCUGAAGAGGGUGGCCGCAGCGGGAAAGGCCCUGGACGACCGGGCCAAGAGGAGAGUGCUGGAGAUGUGCGAGGAGACCGCCGCGUGGAUGGAGGGCAACCGGCACGCCCCCAAGAAAGAGUACGAGGCUCGGAGGAGGGAGCUGGAGGACACCUGCUGGUCCAUCAUGGCACAUUUUGGCACAGAUGGAGAGAGGCCCUAA